UGGUUGAACUUGGUCCGGGGUCCGCUUCCCACCAACCACCUCUACUCAACUGACAAAUUGAUCUUCAAACAGGUCAUGGAUUCAGGGUGUGAAAACGCUUUCCCCAUGUUUAUCCGGGCCCAUUGUAACCUGCGCCGUGUAUUUUGUACAUGUAACCGCUAAUUUCGGGUUCUCAUUCAUUGCCCUAAGCCCCAAUCCACGACGCACUCUUGCGCCUCCAUGCUCCCUGGGUUGGGGAGAGCAACAUAUGCCGGAAGCCGACAGCACUGCUACAGUGCUACCCGUUCGGCGACCGGUAGAGUAUGUGGGGCCCACCGGCCGCCGGUCAUGUAAGGGCAACAUGUUUCAUACAAACCAAACACUAACGGUCCGACCUAUAUGACCUCUUUCACCCAUAGCCUUGCUUUUCUAUCCACUUAGAAUCUCCUCAUCCAGAUUCUUGUUUGAAGUCCGUAUAACCCCACUUAUUUCCAAAAUGCCACCUCAUGCGAAAACCCCUACUCCAGAUCUUGUUGAUGUCCUCAUCAUUGGUGGGGGGCCUGCUGGACUAAACUCAGCUGUCACCAUAGCGCGCAAUGUGCAUACGGCUAUUGUGUUCGACUCGAACUCGUAUCGAAAUGAACGUGCCGCCCAUUUCCAUAUGCUGCCUACCUGGGAUGGUAAGGAUCCCAUAGCUUUCCGCGACGCAGCCAGGGUCAACACACUCGAAAACUACAAGACAAUCUUUUAUGAGGACGUGAAAAUUGAGAAGGCCAAGAAGAAUGAUGAGGGUUUAUUCGAAGUAAUUGAUGAAAACGGUAAGUUGUGGAAGGGCCGAAGCUUGGUUCUCGCAACUGGCAUUAUCGAUGUACCUCUGGACAUACCCUGUUUUGACGAGUGUUGGGGGCGAAGUAUCUACCACUGCCUAUUCUGCCACGGUUAUGAACAGCGUGGAAGCGAAUCAUCUGGUAUUCUAGCAAUCAACGAUGUCGCACCGAUUCCCAUUGCCCUCCACGUCUCUCGCAACGCAGCUCGAUUCACCAAGUCCGUCACUAUUUAUACAAACGGCGACACCUCCAAGAUCGAAGAUUUUCGAGCGGCGAUUGGUUCGACUGCACCUUUUACUGUCGACAGUCGUCGCAUUACGAAGUUCGCCCUGGGGCCGGAUCAACUCGGCAUUACAAUACACUUCGAGGAUGGUACAACCAAGGACGAAGCAUUUCUCGGCCACAAGCCCCUAAGCAAACUAAAGAGCGACUUUCUAGCGAAACAAUUGGGUCUAGAGAUUACACCACAGGGAGAUUUAAAGGUGAGUCCCCCAUUUGGGGAGACGAGCUUGAAGGGUUGCUUCGCCGCCGGGGAUAACUCGUCCUUCCUAAAGACGACUCCGAACGCGGUCAAUGCUGGGGCGAAUAGUGCCGCGGGGGUAGCUAGUCACGUUCAGAGUGGAAUGUACGGACAGAAGAGCUUGAGUGAAGCUAUGCAAAAGAUGCAGAAAAAGCCCUCUUAGGGAGAAUAAAAGUACAUCUAUCACCUGGUACCAAGUUAGACUAGAAAAAAAUAAUAAAUACCCGAGACCUGCAAGAGUUGUGAUGACUGGAAUGAUAUAUUAGGAGCGAAAGCGACCGUGCUG